CAAUCACAACAAAUACAGAAUUGACGCAGAUAAUGGUUACCGUUUAUACAUUCACGUGCCUAUUAUUUAUUAUGUGCUGUACGAAUGGUAGUGACAGUGACAGAUGGAAAAAAAUGUCACCAUUUACCGGCACGAUGCCGAAGAAUACAUGGAAUAGGGCACUUAGACAAGGGAAUCCCAUUCCGGAAACCGAGGAGGGUCCGCAAAAUAAACAAUGCAUUUGUUCUAAGAUUUACGAUCCAGUCUGCGCAUCAAACGACAACUCCUAUUACAACGUGUGCCAAAUGGAAUGCGAGAAUGGGACGGAGAAUAUGACCGUGGUACAUCAGGGCAAUUGUAUUCCAUUUUAGUAACUGAUCGUGUGUAAAGCCCGUCACAGACGAAGCUAAAAUAUAUAAUUAUAUAAAUUACAAUAAGGCAUAUUAUGAUAUAUAAUAAGAUUUUUGUUACGUUUAUGAGUGCAAAAAUAUAUAUUACAUCAUAGUACUGUCUGUGAUGGACUUAAAUCCAUUUUAGUUACCUUCUGAGUGGAUAAUGUGAGUUGCACAAAGACUUAUAUUACGAAUCGUGAUUGCUUGUUACGUUUUACUUGAUAAGAUAGUGUUAAAAAUUGAAUAAUGAAUAAGUUUAAAAAUUCAGAUACCUCUACCUAAGUUGAGGAGUAAACUUGUAACCGAUAUGAUCACGGAGUAAAUUUAAAAUGUAAAUAAAAUUUUAAUUUUAUUUUUUUUUUAUCCACAACUUUCACUGAACUAUUAAAGUAUAUUGUAGCAAGAAACUGAGAGUUCUUAAAAUUAUUAUUAUAACAUUUAUGUUAGUAAGUAAGAUAAUAUAGACAAAUUUACGAGCUUCUUCUGUUUAGCGUUACUUAAAAAUAUAGUAAUGUGCUAGUCGUUGCUCGCUUUAUGUUGCCUUUAAUGGCUAGAUUGCACAAUCUAGUAUGGCGAAGCCAUUAAAUAUAGAUGUAAAUCUUUCAUACACUUUCAAAACUGGUAUUUAAAAUUUAUGGAAUGAAACAAAUAGAAGUGGAACUAAUUGAAAGAACAUAUUUGGAUGUGACUUUGUUCUGGUGAAUGUUUAUUAUGGAUUCAUAUUAUAUAAAUUAUAUGGAUAUUUAUGUAACUACAAAUUAUACUUUUAUAGUCCUUUUAUACUUAUUAAAAAAUGUUAAUCUUUUACAUUUUAUAAUUAUUAUAAUUACCUGUAGUGUCUUGAAGUUUAAUCAUUUGUAAACUGCAGGUAACAAUAAAUAAAUAAAAAAAAAGUAAGUAUUUUUUUUUUAUACAACUUAGAAUGGCAAACAAGCUGACGGCCCACCUGAUAGAAAGUGGUAACCGUCACCUAUAGACAUGAGCAGUACCAUGGACAUAACAGAGUAUACUGUUUCGCCCAUGAUACCCCCCAUGCGUUGCCAUUCCUGAGGACUCAGGUGUUGUUCCUCUGUACCCAGUAAAUUCACGCCAUAUCCCACCCUUCAA